AUGUCGCUGUCGUCCCCGCCCUCUGCAUCGUCCACCCCGUCUUUGACAGAUGCUUCGUCAACGUCCACUCCAACGACAACAGAGGCGCAGUCUACCUCGACGGCUGCGGACACCACCCCUUCUCUGACGACAACACCGUCGGCCACCACUCAGCCCACGUCGACCAGCCCAUCGACCAGCCUGCCUGUGACAACAGACACGACAUCGACCUCGUCGACAUUGCCGACGUCGACAUUGAGCAGUAGUGCAGUGGUGACAACAACCAGCUCAUCCUCGGUGACCUCGGUCCUUCCAUCUCAGACCACCACUCCCACGCCCAUCGCAACCUCCAGUAGUACUCCAGACACCCAAACAACUGUGCACCAAACCUCCCUUGUAGCUACCACCAUCGUCAUAACCCAGUCAAAUGGCCAACAGCUCACUUCCACAUCCACCGUCCUCGCAGCUUCCUCCUCUGCCGGUGCUGCUUCCACCACUACCACCUCUUCAGGCUCCUCCUCCUCCCACACAGGUGCCAUCGUCGGCGGAACCAUCGGCGGAAUAGCCGGUGUCGCCCUCCUCACCGCCCUCAUCUGGUUCCUCUACAAACGCAACCGCUCAAACCGCCUCUCUGCCCAUUUCGACGGCAACUUUGACCCAGACCGCAUCGUCGCCCGUCCCCCAGACGUCGGCCUCAACCUCGACGACGAGCGCGACAACGACGGCAUGGGCGGCCGUUUGGGCGGCGCGGAUAUUGGUGCAGGCGUCGUAUCGCCCUUUCCCAUAUCCGCCAGCACCAAUAGCCACGGAAGCUCCGGCCAGUCCUAUGCGAAUUAUUACUCCGGCUCUCCGGCUUCUCCUCCUCCGAUGUCCCAGUACUCGGGCGAGUCUUCUGGGUAUCCUGCGGCUAUUUUUAACCCAUAUGCGAUGAGUAUCCCGCCGAGGUCCCCACCGCCUGGGUCUUCGUCGAGUGGGCUUGGGGGUGGUGCGGGGGGCAUGUCUGCCAAGGAGCGGGAGGCCCGCCAGAAUCAACUCGGUGUUGUCAACCCUGACGAGAGGUCCGCUUAUCUCGCUAAUGGCCCAACCGGUGUCGUCCAGCAUCAGGACGCGGGCCCCAGUGAGAUCCCUCCUGCGUAUGAUAGUUGGGGGGGUGCCGGUGCCAGUGGCUCCAAGUAG